AACGUGAAACAACGUGACCUUCCCCCCCGGUGUUUGACAAGCAUGGACGCCGCAGACAAAUGAACACAACUUGAAAACAAUGCAGCGAUAAACAACGUGACAGUCCUGCGUUUCUGGUUUUAGUACUUCUCACACAGCUUCAGUUUGAAGUAGUUCAUCGCGAUGCUACGCCUCUUCACUGGCAAGGGUUUUUAUGAACUUCGGAAAUGCAGUUAUCCUGUGUUAUCUUGUGUCACCAAGAGGAAGGCCUCAAGCUUUCUCCCAGUCAGCAGCACUUGUCCUCACAGACUACACGUCCCUGCUCGCCUCUUCAGUACCGGGAGACCAGUGUGGAAAGAUGCCUCCCAGCCACAGAAAGACGAAUCAGAGGACAUACAGACAAUGGAUCUGAACAAAUGGAAAUCCGUAAUGAGAUCCCAAGCAGCAGCUGCAGAACAGAAAGAAGUCAAAGAAGAAGAAGGAGAAGAAAGUGAUGAGGAAAACUGCAAAGAACCAGGAAGGGAUUUAAAAGACGGUUCUCAUUUGGCUGCAACUCGGGAAAUGGUUGUGAUGUGGCGCCAAGCUGGGAAGCUUGUACCUCAAGAGAUUACUGAUGAAGAGGUUCAGACACUGGCAGAGCUCGCCACCAAGACCUCCAAGAAGAAUUACCUGAAGCACCUGGCCAUCAAGGAGCACCGCAAAGGUGCAACUAAGGAGAAGCGGCAAAAGAAGUGGGAGGAAAAGAAAGCCUCGUUGGAGGCGAGUACAGGAACGCACAGCGAUGCAGAGGAAGGGGAUGAUCAGAGAGGACCAGUGAUGAAAAACACAUUCCUCCUCAGGUACUGGCAUCGCUCCCUGGACAAGCUGCUGGCCUGGAGAACCGCCCAGUCAAUGCUGUUCGGUCAGCCGCUGGUGUUUGACAUGAGCUAUGAGUCCAACAUGGGCAGGCGGGAGAUCGAGAACACAGUGCACCAGCUGAUGGAGGCAGAAGGAUGGAACCGGCGUGCCACUGAGCCCUUCCACCUCCACUUCUGCAACCUGCAGCCAGACAUGGCUUACGAGAAGGAGCUGCUCAAGCGAUACGGUGCAGAGACCUGGGCCCGCCUGUGCGUCACCGCCACUGAUCGCCAGCACGUCGACCUUUUCCCCCGCGAACAGCUUGUGUACCUCACCGCAGAUUCCCCCAAUGUUCUCCGCAAAUUUGACCACUCCAAAGUCUACAUCAUCGGGAGUAUGGUGGACCGGUCGAUUCAAAAAGGCUUGUCGUUGGCCAACGCCAAGCGUCUGAAGCUGGCCACAGCCCGUUUGCCACUGGAUCAGUUCCUCCGCUGGGAGAUCGGAGCCAAAAAUCUGACUCUGGACCAGAUGAUCCGCAUAAUGCUCACUAUCAAGGAGACUGGGAAAUGGGAAGAGGCGUUAAAGUUUGUGCCUAUGAGAAAGCAUGCUGGCUUCCACCAACAACGGGCACAAGAAGAGAUUAGCAAACCCAGGGAGGUCACACACCGUAGACCAAGAGCGGAUGAUAGCAGGUGGUUGAUAUCAUCUGGUGAAUGUACAUUUAAAAAUGAGGCCCAAAGUCUGUACAGGUCCCCAAAACAGCCUGGGUUCACCAGUAGAGACAGAACAGGUGGACUGCCCAGUGACAGAGAAAACAAACCCACUACAACCAGAGUAUCAUUUAAGAACAAAAUGGAGGGAAGAAAAGGCACACACAAAAGUUGGACAAGGGGGGAUGAUAAGUGAAGUCAACAUAAAUUGUAACUGGUUAAUAAGUUUGUUUAUAAGAACUGUUUGAGGAAAUGUCAAAAGGUGAGACAAGUGGUGAAUAAAAUGUUAAUAUGUA